CCGCAGCAACAGGCGCCUGCGCUCGCGCCCUGAGGGCCCGUGAAAGCCUGACUGUGCUGCCAGCGACCACUGCUAAGCACAGCAGCCAGCCCGACGUCGCCGACGCGGCCGAGCCACUACAGGUCGCCAGGCGCUGCAUUGCCGCGCGGCAGGUCGAGACGCUGUACGCGCGCACGCCGUCGACGCAGCGCAGCACCCAGCGGCUAAAACAUGGCCGCCGCCGUCCGCCCCAUGCCGCAGCGCGCCCAGUCGGGCCCCACGGCCGUGCUCUUCGAGGACGACCCCGUGCGGCGCUACGAGCGCGACGCGCCGGCGCCGGCGCGGUCCCCCAACAGAAGACCGCCGCCCGUGCGCACCGGAAGCUGUGUGGGAGAUGCGCCUUCUCCUAGAGAGAGCAUGGGCGCGCGGCGACGGCGACGGUCGCAGGAGCCCCGACCUCGAAGUAGAUCCCGGUCCGGUUCCGUCACGUCGCGCUCCGGCGCGCGCUCGUUAAGCCCCCAACGGACCCAACUUUCCCAGAGGAGACGAUCUUCCUCAAAUGGGGACCUCAAUACGACAAAAGACGACAUUGAAUUACCAGCGAUUGAUUUUCAACCACCUACCUUACAAACGUCGUCGUGGCGCGACCUGCUGGCCUUCGCCUGGUCCGAGGCUUUAGGUGAUCGCCACGCCUUUGGGUUAGAUGAAAAUGUGACUUCGGAAAUCGACAACUUCCUGCUGGUCCCGGCGCGGUUCGAGCGGUUCCUCUGGUUCGGGCUGCUGGCUUGCCUAGAUACGUUUUUAUAUGCGGUGACCUUCCUACCGAUACGUGCUUUUGUAGCAUUGUACUCUCUACUGGCUUUGGCUUUACGGAUAAGACCACAGGAACCGCGCUCCCCGGGAAGCCCGCGCAACUUAAGGCCGCCGGCCUUCUCGCGGGCGCAAGCUUAUGAUUUGGCGCGAUGCGUCGUCGUAGCGGCAGGUGUUGGAGUGUUACGAAGGGUACCACUAUCCAGAGCUUAUCAUUGGAUCCGGGGCCAGAAUACGAUAAAGCUAUACGUUAUCAUAGGCAUCAUGGAGGUUUUUGAUAGGUUGCUGUGUGCCUUCGCCCAGGACGCGUUAGAUAGCUUCUACCUGUCGACGCGAGGUGCGCUCGAGACGAUACAAAAUACGAGGAAGUCGGCCGUGUUUCUGUCACUCGUGACGGUGGUGACCGUGGCCCACGCUCUGUUGUUAUUUGUACAUUUAACCACAUUAAAUGUGGUGGUCAACGCCAACGAAGCAACGGCACUCUUUGCGUUACUCGUGUCAAAUAACUUCAGCGAGAUAAAGUCGACAGUGUUCAAGAGGUUUACGCCCUUGACUUUAUUUGACAUCACGGCGGCCGACGUCUGUGAAAGGUUCAAACUUGUUUUGUUCUUGGCUCUGCUGUACUUGCUGGGCUGGGCGCAAGUCGCUGGAGAUGCGACAGAGAGUCGAGCCAGUCUAGAGGUGGUCCGCUUCCAAAGUCUCAGUGUCUUGGGCUUCGAGGUCGUGGCGGACUGGCUCAAGCAUGCGUUUGUUGCCAAAUUUAAUAGAGUAGACGCGUCUGCUUAUGAUGCUUACGCUGAGAGAGUAGCUCGAGAUGUCGUUACCGGUCGACGGGGCGGCGACGCUGGUUUUGCUUUAGAUCAUACGCAGGCCGUUACGAGACGACUAUCCUUUCCUUUAUUACCGCUGGCGUGCGUCGCCGUGCGGUACGCCGCGUUGAGUCUUGGUUGGUUACGAUUGAGUUUGGAGCUAUCACCGUAUGCGGUGGCGGCUUUGGCUUCCCUGGGCUUCCUGCUAUUAGUGCAGCUCAAGCUGCUCACCUCCAUAUGUCUGGCGGGCGUCGCGGUCGGGCUCUGCCCCGACGAGGCGGCGACGCCGGCGCCGUUGAAGUCGCCGCGGCGCGAGGCGCGGUCGUUCCACGACCUGCCCGCGCUGCGGAAGACCGGGUCCCAGACCCUGGCGCGGGCUAGUGUAUAGAGAAAUCUUUGUGUUUGC